AUGUUUGGAGACAGUGCUGCAACUGUUGUCACUCUACGACUUGGCCCAGGAGGUAUUGGCAUUGCCCAUUCGACUCUCCCAUUGGGAAUGUCUCAACGAACCUACAAGGGGACUGUUUCGGCUUUCCAGGGCAAAUGUGUCGGAUAUAUGCAGAAUGUACCUUUUACCCCGACCGCGUCAGCAACUCGAACCCAGAAGACAGGCUAA